GUUCGCUGUGCCGCGCGUCAAUUAGUACACGUACUUGGGAUAUGAUUAGACAGAAAAUGGUUGUUUCGCGCAUAUUCAAAUAGUUUGGAUCAUUUGCGCGAUACGCUUUUGCGGAUGCGAUUCGCAGGAGCGCAGUAUUUUAUUUUAAGCGCUUGGAAUAAUAAACUACUGGAAAGUGUUUGGUACUUUUCAUUCCACACAUUUGCUACGCCUCUCGAGUAUAGUUGUUCAGUUUGACCAAAAACCACGAAAAGGAAAAUUUGAGUAGAAAAUUAGCUCGCUGAAUUAAACAUCAUUCAAUGCUGUUCAUUAGUUCUUCAAUGAGGACGAGUGGACUAAGCCCAUUUGCUGAAAAUACUUUCCAAACAAAUACGCUGUCAACACCAUGUUUAACCACGAUAGACUUAUGGUUACAAUUAUCCGAAGGCAUAAUGAUGCUGAAAAUACGUAUAUUGUUUAGUAUCAUAAACAUUAUAUAUGCAAUAUUUCGUCGCAUCUUAUUGUUCAUUUACAAGAAACCGUCACGUAUACCCCCGAUAACACAUCCGAUUUACAUGUUGAGUGCCACGACGCUCGCUAGAAAAAUAAGACAGAGAGAGAUUACAAGUUGCGAAGUAGUGGAAGCGUAUAUUUCGCGCAUUAAAGAAGUAAAUCCUUUCAUUAACGCUGCCAUUGACGAACGAUUUUCCGAUGCACUAAUCGAGGCGAAAAAUUGUGACGAGCAAUUAAAAAAGGGCGAAUUUGAUAUUGAAACUUUAGAGAAAUGUAAACCGCUGUACGGUGUUCCAAUUACCAUUAAGGAGUGUCUAGCUGUAAAAGGCUUGAGCCACACAGGUUGCACUUUGCCUCGUAAAGGAGUGAAGGCGGAUCACGAUGCAGAGGUUGUUAAAAUGGUGCGAAAUGCCGGCGCGAUACCACUGGGCGUUACAAAUACGCCGGAGUUGUGCUUCGCCUACGAUAGCACGAAUCUGUUGUACGGUCGCACCUGUAAUCCUUACGACACUAGGUAUUCGCCCGGUGGAUCGUCCGGUGGAGAGGGUGCAUUGCUCGGAGCAGGUGCUUCCGUGAUGGGUAUUGGUUCGGACAUGGCUGGAUCUAUAAGACUGCCGGCUUUUCUAAAUGGCGUUUUCGGACACAAAUCCACGCCUGGAGUUGUUUCGACUAAUGGACACUUCCCAUACACCGAUGACGCAUUCCUUCAAAUGAUCCUGACCAUCGGUCCAAUGACCAAAUACGCCGAAGAUCUCAGUUUGCUUAUGAAAGUGAUGACAUCAAAGUGCAAUCGCGACUUACGUUUAGACGUACCAGUGGACUUGAAACAAAUAAAGAUCUAUUAUCGAGAAGGAUUGGACAGGUCAUUCGGCAUAUUGUCAACGCCGCCGAAAAUUGAGAAUUGCGUUCAGCAAGCCGCUAAUCAUUUCGUUCGAUACGAUAUUCCUGUGCAGAAGUUACCGAUAGAAUGGCCAGUUACGAUUCCCGAAAUUGUGUUAACUCAAUUUACGCUUGUAAAGGAUAGGCCUCGAUUGCUACUGGAUGCGAACCAUUCCGAGAACCAGGAAAGGCCAACCGCCGAAAUGAUGAAAGCUUUAUUCGGUUUAUCGCAAUACACGAAGCAGAUGCUUACUUUUACUGUAUCGUUUCAACCGAAUUUUCUGUUCACAAAGUCAGAGAUAUCGUAUUACUCAAAGCAGACAGACGACCUUCGACAGAAACUACUGGAUCUGUUGGGGGACGAUGGAGUACUAAUUUAUCCAACCUUCCGAAAUCAGUUUCUUCCGCAACUUUUGCUAUGCGAAUUAUUAUCCUUUUCGAGUUGUGCUUUAUUCAAUAUUUUUGGCUGUCCCGCGACGCACGUCCCGAUGGGAUUGGAUCAUGACGGAAUGCCAGUAGGCGUUCAGGUCAUAGCCGCGCCUUAUCAAGACCGUCUCUGUCUGGCGGUUGCAAAAGAGCUGGAGAUGGCCUUUGGUGGAUGGGUGCCACCAUCGGUAUCGAUAGGCGAUAAAGUAUCUGAAGGCUUUUGUAAAUAAAUUGAAUCUAGCUGGGCAAUUGUAUUUUUACUACAGAGGCAAAUGGCGCACAAAUAGAGGCUGUGGUAACACU